AUGGCGCCCAUCCGCAUCGCCCUCAUCGGCCUAUCCGCCAGCGCGAAAACAUCAUGGGCCGCGGAAGCUCACCUCCCAUACCUCCUCUCCCCACGCGGCCGGCAGCACUACGCCGUCGUCGCGCUUCUCAACUCCGGCGUGAACGCAGCCAAAGCAGCCCGCUCGCAUUUCUGCCUACCAGAUAAUGUCAAAACUUACGGCGACCCCGAGCUCCUCGCGCAGGAUCCUGAUGUCGACCUCGUGGUCUGCUGCACGCGCGUCGAUACGCACUCAUCCCUCAUAGCUCCCUCCGUUAGAGCGGGUAAGGCAGUCUACAUCGAGUGGCCUCUGGCUGAGAAUCUGCACAGCGCGGAGGAGCUUGCUUCGUUGGCUGCGGAGGGCGGUGGAGGCGAGAUCGUCGGGCUCCAAGGGCGCGUUGCCAAGGUCGUGCUGAAGAUCAAGCAGGUCGUGGAGUCUGGGAGGAUAGGGAGGGUGUUGGGAAGCGACGUUGAGGCGUACGGGAAUCUGCUGGGGCGUGACGAACUUCCCGCGGGGCUGGCGUAUUUCGCGGAGCGGAGGGUGGGCGGGAAUCCUGUUACGAUCGCGUUCGCGCACAUGGUUGACUACGUGCACCAUGUUCUUGGGGAGUUUGAGGAGGGCUGGGAGAGUCGGAUGCAGAUUCAGCGAGCUCAUUUGAAGCUUAUCGGGGAUGAGGAGGAGGGGAUGGUGAGAUCUGACGUGCCUGAUUUCAUUGCGGUGCACGGCGCGUUGAAAGGAAGAAAUACGGUCGAGGGGGCGACGUUGGCUGUAAGGUUCCGGAACGGGACGCCGUUUAAGGGCCGGCCGGGGUUGGUGUGGAGGAUUGUGGGGGAGAAGGGGGAGGUGGAGGUUGAGAGCCCGGCUGGGCCAUAUCUGCAUUCGGAUUCAUACGACGAACCGAUCGGGAUCAGGGUUCAUGACCAUCAGAGGGAUGUUGUGGAGGUGGUUGAGUGGGAGUGGGAAGACUGGCAGGAGGAGUUGCCCGUGAGGGCAAGGAACGUUGGGGAGAUGUAUGAAAGGUUCGCGGCGUGGUUUGAAAAUGGGAAGCUUGCUGGCAAAGAGAAUUGGCCGGGGAUUGAGGAUGGUUUGGUGAGGAUGAAGGAGUUGGAUACUUUGUUCAGGAGGUUCGAUGAUCAGUCCGUCUGA